UUUUCUUUUUUGCAAGAUGAAGGCUUUUAAGUUUCUUUUUCUCUUUUUUUGUUGUUUUUAUUUGAUAAGCCUUUGUGAGGUUGAAGCCUCUCACAAGGUUUACUCUGAGUUUCAGUCUCUUGAGGCUGCCCAAGUUAAGCAAGUCCAUAGAACUGGAUUUCAUUUUCAGCCUCCUAAGCAUUGGAUUAAUGACCCAAAUGGACCUAUGUACUUCAAUGGAGUGUACCAUCUAUUCUACCAGUAUAACCCCAAAGGUGCAGUGUGGGGCAACAUUGUGUGGGCCCAUUCUGUGUCAAAGGACAUGAUCAAUUGGGAAGCUCUUGAUCCUGCUAUAUACCCUUCUAAGCCAUUUGACAUAAAUGGAUGUUGGUCCGGGUCAGCCACUGUCCUACCCGGUAACAAGCCCAUAAUAUUGUACACGGGUAUCGACCCUCACAACUAUCAGGUUCAAAACUAUGCCCUACCGAAGAACAUCUCCGACCCAUAUCUUCGGGAAUGGGUCAAGCCCGACAACAACCCGAUAGUCUUUCCCGAUGCCGGUGUAAAUGCCACCGCGUUCCGCGACCCUACGACCGCUUGGUGGGGUAAGGAUGGACAUUGGAGGAUUAUAAUUGGUGGUAGGAGGAGAAAUAGAGGGAUGGCCCACUUGUAUAGGAGUAGGGACUUUGUAAAUUGGGUUAAGGCAAAACAUCCUUUGCACUCUCAAGCCAAGACCGGAAUGUGGGAAUGCCCCGACUUCUUCCCGGUUUCGAAAUCUAGCAACAACGGAUUGGACACGUCAGCGCAUGGAGUUGAUACUAAGCAUGUUUUGAAAGUUAGUCUCGAUGUUACUAGGUUUGAGUACUAUACACUUGGAACCUAUUAUCCACGUAUUGAUAGGUAUGUGCCGGAUAACACCUCGGCUGAUGGUUGGGAUGGCCUAAGAUAUGAUUAUGGUAACUUUUAUGCCUCAAAGACAUUCUAUGAUCCUGCCAAGGGAAGGAGGAUUUUGUGGGGUUGGGCCAACGAGUCUGAUAGUACUCAUGAUGAUACCCAAAAAGGAUGGUCCGGAGUUCAGGCUAUUCCAAGGAAGAUAUGGCUUGAUCCCAAUGGAAAACAAUUGCUUCAAUGGCCCGUUGAGGAAAUUGAAGCUUUGAGGGGGAACAAAGUGCAAGUGACCAACACAAAACUCAAAAAGGGAGAUUCUCUUGAAAUUAAGGGAAUAACUGCUGCUCAGGCUGAUGUGGAAGUUACAUUCUCAUUUCCAAACUUGGACAAAGCUGAGAAAUUUGAUCCAAGCUGGGUUAAGGCACAAGACCUUUGUGCCCAAAAGGGCUCAAAAGUCCAGGGUGGUGUUGGACCAUUUGGUCUUUUAACUUUGGCCUCAGAGAAGUUGGAAGAGUUCACCCCUGUUUUCUUCAGAAUAUUUAAAGCUACAGAUAAACAUGUUGUUCUCUUGUGCUCUGACGCAUCAAGGUUUGUCUUUUUCUUCACCAAACCACCAUAG